CAGCUAUUGUGCAAAGCCAAUAGUAGUUCUGGGAUUGGAUCGUUUAGGCAGUGCCUUAGAUUCGAAUGAGAUUAUGAGUGGAAGCAUUGAACGCAUCAUUCCCGAUAUUUAGCGCAAUAAACGCCAAGCGAUUUAAAGAACACAAUACUGCUUAAAGUGAUGCCACUUAAAUAGUUUUCAAAAUUGAAGCAGGGGCCACUUCACAGUUCAUGAGUAGGUGAUUUAAUUUUAGGAUUAAAGGACCAUUUCACCCGAUAAUAAUAUAUCAAGUAAAGUACCGGAUUAGACCGAAUCAUGGCCGAUCGUGAACUAGAGGAAAUCAAGACAGAACCCGAAGACCUCUCGAAGUCCAUAAAUCAAGCAAAGAAAAACAAAGAUGAUAUAAACAUUGAACACAAAACAGAGAGCGAAGAUCAAAAAGUUAUGAACUUAUCUAAAGAUAAUAACGGACAUAGUUUGAAACGGAAACUAGAUAGUGAUGAUGUAGAUCAGAUCGGUUCAUCGGAUAAAUCAGCGAAAAUCAAAUUGAACGACACUCCACAAGAACAAGUGAACAGCCAGUCAAAUGACACUAAUAUUGUAGCCCCGACAGCAACAAAACCUGGUUUUAUGAUUAGUGAUAUUUUGAGCGACUUGAAACGCUCAAAAGAAAGAGUUCUCGAAUCCAGAUCACUUAUGUUCAAUGCCAAAAGAGACUUCAAAUGCAGCAUAUCCAGUGCAUUCACUCCAAAGACGCCAACAUUUGCUAUGUAUGACGAUCGACAUAGGUCAAUGGAGCAUGCAUUUCGUCCAGCACAAUCAUUGCAGCUCCCGGGAACAUCGCUUUUAGACCAACAUAUGGACGACAUGGACGGCUCUGACCACGAUGACGACGAUGAUGACGAUGACACCCACGAAGAUGAGAGCGCCAUUUCGUCUAGUCCAAUAACAACGUUAAAGUCAAAGAAACAAAGGAAAGCCCGAACAGCUUUUACUGAUCACCAACUAAAUUGUCUAGAGCGAAACUUUGAGAGACAGAAAUACUUGAGCGUCCAAGACAGGAUGGAGUUAGCAUCUCAACUAAAUCUUUCUGAUACACAAGUCAAGACGUGGUACCAAAACAGAAGGACAAAAUGGAAGCGACAGACUGCAGUAGGACUAGAACUUUUAGCAGAGUCAGGCAACUAUGCUGCAGUGCAACGAAUGCUUCAGACAAACCCAUAUUGGGCAUAUCACCCACACGCAGCCGCCAUUUUGGCUAACCUCGACGCCAUCUAUAUCCGGCAAAGUAUUUCCGGUAACAUGCCACCUAGACCACCACUUAUUCCAAGAAUGUUCCUUCAUGGACUUCAACAACAACAACAGCAACAGCCAUCAACCAUAGCCACUCCAACACCCGUGUACCCAUCGGACUCACAAAAGACAUAG